UCAAAACCUAUUUUAAUGGAAUGGAAUUCAGGUGUUGAUUUUUGAUUACUUCAUUAAUCGGUUCGGUGACACAAGAAGCAGUGACGGCGGCAGCACUAGCGUGAACCCACUAUCACUAUUUCAUACAUCAUCUUUCAUAUAUUCAUAUGCCGAAAAAUACAACAUUAAAACUCAAAUAAACAUAUAGAAUGCCUCAUCCUGUAUUGUCAGUAUGCAUAUUUUGCCUAAUAUGUGCUACACAUUCUCCUUGUGGUUCUCAUGCUGCAGUGAAUCAUGAAUCGCCCCAUAUCAGGAAUGAAUUUUCACUAAGUGAAAAAAAAAGAGAAACAUUAUUAACUAAUGAAGAAACCCUCUCUAGGGUUAAAUUAAAACAAGAGGAUUUGCCAAAAGAUAUUUCUAGGAGUUCGAAGAAUGAAACUCCUGUGUUAAUUAGUAAGAAGCAUAGUUUAUUCAAAAGAAACAGUAUUAAUAAUGAGAAGGGUGAUAGUAGCUCAAAUAUAUCGAAAGAAAAUUAUUUAAGUAAAAUAUUCGAAAGAUUUGGAGAUGGAAAUACCAUGACAAUGGAAGGAUUCGAGAAGUUUAUAGAACGUUUAGAUUUAUUACAAAUUUUAUCUACAAAAUUAGAUAGUGAAAGAAGUAAAGAGAGUGGAAAAGGGAAUUCAACUGUACAAAAGGGGAUGAAUGAAAAUACUUGUAUAGACAGGAAGCAGAUUUUCGCUGAAUUGAGUGGGAUGAACAUCACAAAAACCGAUGCCAAAAUUAACGAUACGAUGUUGCGAAAUGCAUGCCCCGCCAUCCUGUACACCCUCAUGGUGGGUCAGUGCAACGAAGAGCCACAUCUUCAUUCCGAAGAGAAUAUGCACGAACACGCCAACAACACCGUGGCCGUCUGGGUUUACUCUACCAUUGCUGUUAUCCUGACCAGCGCCUGUGGGGUACUGGCCGUGGUAGUGAUUCCCAUCAUGCAGAUGAAGUUCUACAAGCCCCUUUUACAGUACCUUAUAGCUUUGGCUGCAAGCACGUUAUCCGGUGAUGCAUUUCUACACUUGCUGCCUCACGCCAUGACUAAAUUUCAUGUCCAUGGUCCCCAUGGUGGCCACGAUCAUCACGAAGAAAUUUUCGUGGAAGGAAGCGCAAUGGAUCCCCAUCAAGAAAACACUUGGAAGGGAUUUGUUGCAAUGACUGGAUUGAUGUUCCUCUUCUUCAUGGAAAGGAUAAUUCUUAUCAUAGGGAAGUGGAGGAAAGGAAAACAGAAGAAGCCGGAUGGACAUUCUCAUAUGAAGAUCCUUUCAAACGGAUUGGAUGAUAUCAAUGAGAGCAAUCCGACUCAAUGUGUAGACAGAUAUAAUGCCUAUCCAUAUUGUUAUCAAGACAUCAUAAAUCAUCAACUCCACGGUUGCCCCCUGGAAAACGACAAAACUGCCUCGAGCAUGCUGGAUGACGUUGACGUGACCUCGGACAUAUCUUUCAAGAAGUCCAAACCACCAACGGCAGAUAGCAUCGAGGACAACCAGAACAUGGGCGGAUGUAUGAACGAGAAUAACCUCUCAUCUUGUACGGAAGUCAAUAAAAUGUUGCCGGAAAAGGUUCCCAAAGAUAACAUCACCAUUAUACUUCGAGAGCACCAAAGCAGCCAUCACGGCCACUCUCAUUCACAUGGACAUGUUCAUUCGGCGCCCCAGAAUCUUUCCUCCGUGGCGUGGAUGGUCAUCAUGGGCGAUGGUCUCCACAACUUCACCGAUGGAAUAGCAAUAGGAGCUGCAUUUUCGGUAAGUCUGGCCGGAGGAUUCUCUACAACGGUUGCUGUUUUCUGUCACGAAUUACCACACGAACUGGGAGAUUUCGCGAUGUUGCUCAAGGCUGGAAUGAGCACUAAACAGGCGCUCUUCUACAACUUGCUGUCCAGUGUUUUGAGUUUGUUCGGAAAUUACGUUGGUAUUUUAGUUGGUAACUCCGAGUAUGCCAGUUCCUGGGUGUUUGCCGGAGCAGCUGGCAUGUUCAUCUACAUAGCCCUGGUGGACAUGCUGCCGGAACUGAGUUCUUCGCACGAAGACGAGAACAAUUACACGCAAUAUCUACUCCACAUGGGAGGUAUGCUGAGUGGCUUCGGCAUAAUGGCGUUGAUUGCUAUUUACGAGAAUGAACUCAAGUCAAUCUUCAAAGAGCCAAUGUAAUAAAGGGUACAGACUGAAUAGUUUUUACUUCAUUUUUUACAAGCUGUGCAGAUGGUCCAGUAUCGGGGCAGAUGAUAAUAAUGGAUGUUUUUAAUAUAGUCUUAUUUUCUUCUCAUAUUUACGAACAUUUACUUGCAUUUUGCACGCAACAUUUUAUGUCUUGUUAUAUGGAGGAUGUUCCUACCAUUCGAAAUUUGAGUAGAUCUCGAUCUUUCAUCAAAAAUUUUAAAUAUUUUGUGAUAACCUCAUCGACAAUGGACCAUUUUUACUCGAAGCCAUUGAAACUUGAAUAUUCCUUCAUUGAAAAUUUGAUUGUAUUCUGGAAUUGAAUAUGAGAUAUAUUAACACAUAACCUUAAAAAAUAUAUUUUAACAAAGAUUUGUUAUGUGAUUUGAGUUUGCAUUUAAAAUUGGAUGGGACCCAAAUUGAACCCAUGGAAAAUGACGGAUUUUUUUUUUGUAUCGAAUUGAUUAACCGCCCAAGAUGAUCUGAGAUUGGGAAUCUUGCUUGAGGUGAAUCAUUAUAUUCAUAAAAAUCAGAUUGAACAUUGCUGAUAAAUUAAUGGAAUGGACGAAGUUAUGAAAGUCAAAAUAAAUUUAUAAUAAAGCAAAUACAAAUUUCAAAUUUUUCUGGAAUUCUGUCUGAGACGUCCAAUCCUUGUAUUAUGAGAAUAAUUUUAUUUGUUACUUCUGCAAUUUUGACCAGUUGUCAAGAUCAAGUGUUCCAAUGUUUUAAAUAACUAAUGUGUUUUUAAUAUUCCUAUUUAGUUAGGUAUGUUGUUGUUGAACAUGCUAUAAUGCUUGAAUAUAAUCAAUACUGCUCGGAAAUUGGAUCAAUUGUGAUUCCGAUACUUUGUUGGCCAUAAGAGGCUUUUUGGUUAACUUUUUGAUUCUCAAUACUUACUUAAGUUUCGAGUAAUUUUAUAUAUGGACACUUAAUAAGGUAUUAACGUUUUUCUUUGUUUUUAUCAGAGCAGAAUUUAGUUCCUGAGCAAUUUUGUAGACUGAACAUAAAAAUUUAUUGUUUGAA